CAGCCUCCUGUGGUCGCUGCUGUUGUUGCAUGAAUGGCUCUCGUUGUUGUUGGAUGGUUCGCGGUGUCUUGCGUGUGCGCUUUGAGUUAUUCUUCGGCGCCACUGGUGGGCUCGCAUAGGAACGCCGGUGUGUUGGCGCGAUGGAUAGGUGUGUGAGUGUGUGGUCGUGCUCUCUCCCUCGGAUUCUCAGGUGGGGGGCUGUCGUCGUUGUGUGGUGUUCUUUUUCGGCAUUGGGUGGCCUGCAGAGAAGUGCGUGGUCGUGUGUCUUGUCUCGUGGGUGCCCUUAGUUAUGACGGGAUCAAAGUUUUGGGCUUGAUUGUCGGGCAUGUUCUUCAAGUGUAACAUCCGCGGCCGUCCGCUUGCGGCAUUCUAUCUUAGGGGAAUAAGUGCCCAGUCUGCUGCACUGAAGGUUUUCCGCUGAAAAUCCAUGGGUUUCCCCAAGUCAUGGAAGAUUUUGAUUUUUUAGAUUUCAAACAAGCGAUCAUCCAUGUUAGCAUUCUUGGCAAAAUGAGAUUUAGAUUAUUUAGAGAUCUACAAAAGAUAAAGAUGCUGCAUUCGGGAAACCGAAAUGAACACAUUGAUAUUGAGUUUGACUUUAGUGCGCAUUCCAUGACGGACAUUGACUAUGGCAGGACAUUGACUAUGGCAGUUUUUACUAUCGAUCUCUUGAUGUAUUCCAAACCAACCCUCCUUCUCCCGUUUCUUUUGUGUCAGGUAAGCGCACCUUCUCUUCCUACAACUACUAAUGCUUCGAU